AAUUAAGGACAGAUUGUCACUUUUUUGGUUUUAUAAAAUUCUUAAAAAUUAAAAAAUGUCUACUGAUAAUAAAAAAUUAUCAGCUAUUGAUAAACCAAAGGGUGAUGAUACCGAAGAUAAUAGAGUCGAAAAGAAUAAUCUUUUAAACAAUAUAAAGCGGAAAAAUGAAGACAAAACCAAAGAGAUUAUACUUAAAAAAUCUAAGCCUGUUAUCAAGUUUAAGAAAAAGUCUCUUAUUACAUUGAAAAUAAAAAAGCCUGAAGAAACAGUGUUAGAGAAGUCUGAUCCAGCAGUCGCAACUAUUUUUAAUCCUGAUAAUAGUGAAGAGGAUGAAGAUAUGCCUUUUGAAGCUAAAAUGAGGAUGAGGAAUAUUGGAAAGGAUACACCUACAUCAUCAGGUCCUAAUUCAUUUAACAAAGGAAAAGAUGGUUUUGUAGAUUAUGAGAGAUUAUGGGAGAAAAAAUUUAAAGAUGAGAUUGAAAAAAUUGGUGAUAAUUAAUAUUACUUUGUAAAAAUAUUGCUGGUUGUAUUUAAAACUUUAUAACAAAUUUAUA